AUGAGGGGUGCAAGUGGCUACAAGCCCUUGGCCUCUGGAUGCCGCGCAGGAUCGAAUCAUGCUUACAAGCUGCACUGCACGAUGCAGUCGCCCUGUCACACGCAGCAUAGGCUCCCUGUUGGUGACAAUCACGUAGCCCGCCAUCGUCGUGGACAUGAUGCAGCAGCGGGAUGCAGAGGAGCUGCCGCUGACAUAAAGAUGCGGUCCUCUGCACAGUCGCCGUUUCCUGCAGCGUCGCGGCAUGCGGAGCAUGCAUGCCUCCCGGGUCCAGACCCCAGACGCAGCUGCUGA